GAUCUAUCCUCUAAUUCAUCGUUCUUUUAAUUUUAUCUUUGUUGUUUUUUUCGCUUUGGUUUUGCUAGAUCUGAUCAAGAUUAGGUUUAUUUCGCGUCAGGUAUGGGAAAGUCUCAGUCUUUAUGUGUUCUAUGUUGUUUCUAGAAUAGAUCUGUUGUUGUUCUUACACGAUAUGGUGUUCUUUUUAGCUGGGUUUUUGUAUUUCAGGGUUUGAUUUUUAUUUCUUCAGCCGCGAGGGUUAAAAUUACUUAUAUGUUAACGAUUCUUUCUUUUUCUUCACUGAUGACCGUUUUAUAACCAGAUCUGACAUGAAUUAUCUGUUCUAGAGAUUUUGUGAUGGUCCAAUUUAAUUUGAACAAUUCUUUUCGACCAAAAUUUUAUGUGAAAGGAUAUCACAAUUUUGGUUCAAGUUUUUGAAAAAUCAUCUCAUUUGUAUCUGAUUAUUAUGUUGAGUGUGGAAUGUAUUGAUCUGCCUGAUAAACUGUUGCUCAAUUGGCUAUAACUCAAUCACAACUUUUUUAAGAAUUGAACAAGUGCAAGUUUUUCCAAAAUUUAUGUUUUUUUACUGUAGGUUUGUUGCAUAAUUUUUUUUCUUUGCAGAUGAUUUGUGGUAGAAUUUAUCUUUCAUUAAAUUUUGGAAUUUCGUGUAUAAUAUAUGAACUUGAUCUAACUAAGUCUUUAUUGCGGCACUUUGUUUUCUGUAUUUUGCUCUAACUAUUGAUUUAUGGGUAUUUGGUUACUGGUUGAUUGUUUUUCUCAGUCCUAUGUUAUUAACACUGCUACUUUAUGUUAUAUUCUGUAAAUUCUAUUUCCUACUUUGAAGGCACCCAAAGGUAAUAAUAAAAUUAGUUUUGUAUUAAGAUACCAUGAAUGGAAUGCCUGUGUGUAGGCUCAGCUAGGAUUGUUUUGUGGACAAGAUGUGGGGAAUGUGACAAGCUAUGCAUCUUCAAGGCAACUCACUGACCUUACUAGUGCUCCCUUUACUAUUAAGGGAGUGGCUCAAAAUGGUUCUCCUCCUCGGAGAGAAGAUGACAAGGAUGGACAUUUUGUGUUUGAGCUGGGAGAAAAUUUAACACCACGCUAUAAGAUCCACAGUAAGAUGGGUGAAGGUACUUUCGGUCAGGUCCUAGAAUGCUGGGAUCGCGAAAGGAAAGAAAUGGUGGCUAUCAAAAUUGUUCGGGGUAUGAAGAAGUAUCGUGAUGCCGCAAUGAUUGAGGUUGAAAUGCUUCAACAGCUUGGUAAACAUGAUAAUGGCAAUCGUUAUGCAUGAUUUGCGCCUUAUCCAUACUGACCUGAAGCCUGAGAACAUACUUCUCAUCUCCCCAGAAUAUGUAAAGGUUCCUGACUACAAGGUGUCUUCUAGGUCACCAAAAGAUGGUUCUUACUAUAAAAGAAUCCCAAAAUCAAGUGCUAUAAAGGUAAUUGAUUUUGGUAGCACUACAUAUGAUCGUCAGAAUCAGACAUAUGUUGUGUCAACUCGUCAUUACCGUGCACCUGAAGUUAUCCUAGGUCUUGGAUGGACGUACCCUUGUGAUAUAUGGAGUGUUGGCUGUAUCCUUGUGGAACUUUGUUCGGGAGAAGCAUUGUUUCAAACGCACGAGAACUUAGAGCACCUUGCUAUGAUGGAGAAAGUACUGGGCCCCCUGCCUCAGCACAUGCUGAAAAGAGUGGACCGUCAAGCAGAGAAGUAUGUUAGAAGAGGACGGUUGGACUGGCCUGAGGGGGCAACUUCCCGGGAUAGUAUUAGAGCUGUGUUAAAGUUGGCCCGUCUUCAGAACAUAAUCAUGCAGCAUGUGGAUCAUUCUGCAGGUGAUCUUAUUAAUCUUUUGCAAGGACUUCUUAGAUAUGAUCCUUCAGAAAGAUUAACUGCUCGGGAAGCCUUGCGGCAUCCGUUUUUCACCCGUGAUCAUCUUAGGAGAUAGAACAACGCUUUGUUUGAACUUUUUGUACUCGUGUGCACACAAUGAUAUUGCACGAUGAUGGUGGCCCUCCAACCUUGAAUGCCAUUUGAUGCAGUGGUGACCGGAAGCCAACUCUGUUGGCCCAUUAUGGUGAUAGUUGAAUCUGACUUUGUCCCAGUGUAAAUAAAUCCAAAAUACUGGUUUUUUGCGGGGCAUUCUUGUAUUAUAUACUACUAGGGUAAUGUUGUGGUGGAAGUACCCACCAGUGUGUAUAAGAUGAUUUCUCAUCCUCAAUUAUUAACACAAAUUGAUUGCAAGGAUGACUUAACUUUCUUGAGUUUGUGAGAUUGUUUCAAGAUUAUUUAUCGUCAUUUUAAUCUA